CACUUGCCACGGAUAAUUAGAACCGGGUUCAAUUGAUUGUUUCGUUACUGCCCCGACGAAGACCCACGAGCCAAAGAAACGGCGCUCCUCCGAACGUCUCAUCUCCUCCUCUUCCAGAUGCGGCCUUUCCUAAGACACACCGGUACCUUCUCUCUUCUCCUCCGCGGCGCCGGCCCUCUCGCCCCCCACUCCGUCGCCCUCCUCCGAAACUUUUCCCCGCCCCGAUUCUCUCCUCGUCCCGAUCGGCUCUUGAUCCCCCACGCCACCGCCGCCGCCUUCAGCGCUUCUAGCGGCGCCUCCGCCUCAUCAACAGCGUCCAAGGACAGAAGCUCGCGUAACACCCUCGUGUACCUCCUCGGGUUGGUCGCCGCCAUGGUCGGAGCCUCCUACGCCGCCGUUCCCCUCUAUCGCCGCUUCUGCCAGGCCACCGGAUAUGGUGGCACAGUGCAGCGCCGGGAGAGUGUGGAAGAGAAGAUCGCCCGCCAUGCCCAAGAAGGGACCAAGACUUCCAGGGAGCUUGUUGUUCAGUUCAAUGCUGAUGUUGCUGAUGGGAUGCCAUGGAAAUUUACUCCUACACAAAGAGAGGUAAGGGUUAAGCUAGGGGAAAGCGCCCUUGCAUUUUAUACUGCUGAAAAUCGUAGCUCGACUCCCAUAACUGGUGUUUCUACAUACAAUGUUACCCCAAUGAAGGCUGCAGUUUAUUUCAACAAGAUUCAAUGUUUCUGUUUCGAAGAGCAGCGACUUCUUCCAGGGGAGCAAAUCGACAUGCCGGUCUUUUUCUACAUUGAUCCAGAGUUCGAGACCGAUCCCAAGAUGGAUGGCAUCAACAACAUUAUCCUUUCCUACACCUUCUUCAAAGUUAACGAGGACUAGCUGUGUAGCCACCGAUUAUCAGUAUCAUUAUCCUCGACUCAUUAUUCUUAUUUUUGUUAGUUCAAAUGGUUAUCAAUGUCACUUGAACAGCCUCGUUUCCGAAACAUUGGCAAACUGUUUUGUAGCAGAAGAAAGCAGAUGGUUGCCAUGAAAUGGUCGCUUGCUAAAAUAAAAGUUAGAAAGAAUCGAUUUUACUAUUA